ACUAGAAAUUUUAACGUCUAUUUGUAUUGUUCCAGAAUGGUUACGUAGAAUGCAAAAACAACUGCCCGAGAAUCGACAACUGUUAUCUUGCAGAGGAAUCGGGAGAGGGAUGUUGUCAGAAGUGCAAAGGCUGCUGGUAUCAAGGAGUCUACCACCAGAGCCAUACAGAGUGGCAAAGUGCUGAGGAUCCAUGCAAAAUCUUGCGAUGCUUAGCUGGAGUGGUGACAGUAUCCGAUAUGCAGUGCCAUACGCCCUGUCCAAAUCCUUUACCGCCUGAGCCUGGGAAAUGUUGUCCGCGAUGUCCAGGUUGCAGCGUAAAUGGCCAAGUGGCCUCCCGCGACAGGGAGAUCGUCUUCCCAGCAGAUCCUUGUUUGAGAUGUCGCUGCGACGAAUCCGGCGCACUGACAUGCAGCAAACUGGCAUGUCCCGUACUGCAAUGUCCGCCACACAGGCAACACCACUUGCCCGGUGAAUGUUGCCCCAGCUGCGUCGGCAUAAGGGCGAUGUUCAGCGUCUUGAAGUCGUGUCUUCUGCAAAGCUCCGUACUUCGAGAUGGUCAGGUAUCGAGCCUUGAAGAAAACUGCACUAGUUGCGUCUGCCAAAACUCAACGUCCGUCUGUCAUCGGCCAACUUGCCCUGUUCUGCAAUGUCCAGUCGAGGAUCAGAAAGUCGAAAAAGGAAAUUGCUGCAAAAAGUGUGAAGCUCCAGAUGGCAAAAACCACUGUAUGCAUCGUGGCAACACGUAUCAGGAGGGACAACAGUGGAAGGUGAACCAGUGCGAGUCUUGCGUAUGCCGAGAAGGUCAAGCGAGGUGUGCCAUCACCAAGUGCAGCAACAUCACAUGUCCAGAUGGAACGAGGCCUGUAGCUACGCUAGGAGAGUGCUGCAAAAAAUGUGUCGAAAUUGUAAGCAACUGCAUGGUUUACGGCAACCUGCAUUACAAAACCUUCGACGGCAGAAUGUACGACCUUAACGGCAUCGGCAAGUACCAGAUGAUCGCCGACUGCACCAACAAUACUUUCUCGAUCAGAGUGGCGAACUCGGUGAGGAACAUUCCAACGUUGUACUCGAAAACGGGAGGAUACACCUCUUUCUUCACCAAACGGGUAGCUAUCAGGUUCGGCGACGUAAGAAUGAAUCUCCAGCAGAGAGGACGGAUAAAGUACAACGGAAGGAAAAUAAACGCUCCUUUCAAAGAAGAUGGAAAGUUUAGGGUGGAGAAAAGGCGGGAGAAUGUUGAGUUGAUAUUGAACAAUGGAGUGAGGAUCUUUUGGAAUGGAAGGAGUUUGGUUGACGUCACGGUACCGUCCUCGUACAAGAACAAGCUCUGCGGGUUAUGCGGGAAUUACAACUCGAACAUGAUGGAUGAUAUGACUACAAAACAAGGAAAGGUCGUGACGAAUAAGGAGAUGUCUCCGUUCAGAAUAUCGUGGUGUGUAGGGAAGAAUGCCGAGUGCGAGAAGAAAAUCAAGCUGACCGAGUUGCGUAACCUGCCGUUCCAGAAGAAACUAUGCACCGUUUUCAGAAAGGAUACGAGCGUUUUUUCAAAAUGCAGCUACGAUUACAGCAGGUACCAUCGUACGUGCUUGGUCGAUUACAGCAGUUGCCCGAAAGGAAAAUGUUACUGUGACAGCUUCCAGGCGUACGUUAGAGAUUGCGAGAGGAGAUUAGGCAUUACGAUUCCAUACAAAUGGCAGAAACAAACUGCUUGCGACUCGAGCAGUUCGAGGAAACCAAAGGUGAGCUCAAGGCGAGCGUCUUAUUUUGGCUGGGACUACAGAAAUGUGCCGCUCAAGAGACUCAACAUAACAAGGGCACCUGCAGCUAGCCCCAUUCCAAUAAAUUGAGUUUUCUAGCCUAAAAGGAGAUCCAGACUUCAUCCAGAAGGAAAGUGUAACUUUGUGCAUUUUUGUUUAACUUUCUAUUGAGUUGUGCAUUUAGAGGUUCCUGGUACAUUUUGAAACCUGCUAAAAUUUGGCAAGACAAAUUGAAUAUGGAAACCUUGACGAAUGAGGAAUGAAAAGUUUUCCUUUCAUGGCAACAAAGAUUUGUGACUUUGCACAAACAUUUCAACUAAACUGAAAUAUAUAAUUUUAUUAGACUGCUUGAUACCAAUUUGCACCACCAUUCAUUGCACCCACCGUAUUAUUAUCAGCUGGCUUUGAUACAGUGAUCUUGUUUUAUUUCACUGUGUGAUGUUGAAUUUUGCAAGAGAUUGAAUAUUCGUCUUCGUAUGUCAUUUUAGCAAGUAUUGCAAAAUGUACAAACUUCUUUCAAUAGGUUAAGGACACAUACAGGAUAACGCAGAGAAAAUUAGACACAAGAUUAGCUAGGUAUACACUUAACAUAUAGCUUUUCUGUUUUACCCUGUAGAUAGCUAGUCAUUUACAGUAUUUUACAGUAUCUCCUGAUAAUGUUAAAUGUUUAUGAAUACUACUUGAAAGUAUUAUUAGUAACGAGUAAAUUUAUUUUUUGAGGCGUUUUUCUUACAACAAACUUUCUGAUAUGGGCCCAGUGCCCCCAUAAUUUUUUUUUUGGGACAUAAGUACAGAUGCCUAUGUCCAUAAAUCAAUGUCUACCUAGAACUCAAUGUGCAAUGACGUAAAAAGUAUUAGUACAAGGUCACCAUAACGACUCUACACGGUGUCCCAUUUUAAUCUCCGCACCGAAAUAUUUAGAAAACUGUGCAUUAUAGGAAAAAGUUUUAAACAAAAGGGUUCUUAGGGGGCGAAAUGACAGUGUCCUUGAUUACGGCCUUCACGGCCAUUUCAAGGUCAAAUUACGACAUCUAGAACAAUUUGCUCUAACAGAAAUGUUCGACAACACAGCUGUGAGCUUUGUGGGGAUCACAUAAAGGUGACCCUAAUGAUGACCUUAACUGUGGUCAAGGUCAAAGGAAAUAUUCAACUUUUAUACUGAGAAUUGAAAACGUAGGAAGUUUUAUAUACGAGUGUAUUGUUUUGUAUACGAGCAAAUUGUUUUCGAUGUACUGAUUUGACCUUGGCAUGGCAUUGAGUGCGAUGGUCAAGGUCAUGCUUAAGGUUGUGUCGCAAAAAGUGAUAUUUAUUUCAAUGCAGAUAUGAACAAGGUGGGUUCCAAUUGCAAAUAUUCACUUGACCUAGAAAUGAUCUUGAAACUCGUAGUCAAGGUCAUUCUCAAGACAACAUCAUUUUGUCCCCUCCAAACCCUGAAACUUUGUUUCAGUUUUCGAAAUAUUUAUGCGUGAGGUUUUGUGUUUUUCUUUCGUAUGGCAACUUGUCAUAUAGCUAAUUGUAUGACAUUUGUAUUCAUGUACUUCCAAUAUAGACGUGCUACUUAGUAACUUGUUCAUUGUAAAUAGAGGUACCUUGUGUAUUUACAAUAUGUUGUACCAAAGACAUUUACUGCAUUUCUGUGCUUAAUGCAAAAAGCAUUUAAGACGCCAUUACCACAAAUGUUCACAUUGUCUGCAUUCACAAACGUCGCACUCAAGAAGCAACCCUGAUCUUUGGAGAAAACCUCCAAGGUCAGUUCAAGAUUCCUUAAGGAAACUUCCCAUGUUUGUACUGGACAUGGAAAACGUAAACUUUCCUGCUUUUUUUAUUACCAGCAUAAAAAUGAGAGACUUGCUUUGUAAAUUUUGAGUCAAGGUCAUCGUCAAGGUCACGGUCAAGGUUACCAUUGGGUGAUCUUCACAAACCUCAUAAACGUUCGAACAUUUUCACCAUAGCAGAUUGUUUUCGGCGUUUUGAUUACACCUUGAAAUUUCUUUGGAAACAACGGUCAAGGUCAUGGCCAGCU